GGUUAGACACCUUUUGUCGAAAAUAGAAAGUCUGCUGGAGAAGAAUGAGUGUUUCUAUCUCAGCCAGACACUCAACACUGCACCAGCUGUUAGGGCAAAACCUCGAACAAAGUUUUUAUAUGAAAUGGCUGAACACAGAGGGCAGAGACAAGAAUCUGAGGAGAGACAGGAGCCAGAGACAGCAGAGACACCUCUUCGGUUUACAACAAAACUCAACAAAUGGCUUGAAAGAGAACAAAAACAGACAGUUGACUGUGUGAGGCUGGUCCUGAUUGGGAAGACUGGAGUUGGAAAGAGUGCCACUGGAAACACCAUUCUUGGAAAGAAAGAAUUUAAAUCAUCUCCUUUAAUGGUGUCUGUUACAACAAAAUGUAAGAGAAAGACGGCAGUAAUUGGUUCAAAAAUGGUGCAGGUCAUUGACACCCCAGGUCUGUUUGACACGACUGUCUCCAAUGAGAAGAUCAGAGACGAGAUUGGGAAAUGCAUCACCAUGUCCUCACCAGGGCCUCAUGUGUUCCUGUUGCUGGUCUCUGUGGGACGCUUAACCCAAGAGGAGAGAGAGGCGGUGAAGAUGAUCCAGGAGAUCUUUGGCGAGUACUCCAAAGCAUACACAAUUGUCGGUUUCACUAGAGGUGAGCUUCUGAGGGAAGAAGGCAUUGGCAUUAAGAAGUACAUUGAAAAAAGCCCAGCUGUCUUGCAGGAACUGAUUAAAGACUGUAGCGGUCGGUACCAUGUCUUCUGCAAUAAGGACAAAGACACACAGGCGCAACAGGUCAUGUCUCUCCUGGAGAAGAUUGAUAGAAUGAUUCAGCAAAAUGGAAGAAGCUUCUACACCACUGCCAUGUUUGAAGAGACAGAAGAGAGGAUUAAAGCAAGAGAGAUGAGACUCUUACAGCAAAAACUGGAAGAACUGGAGCAAGCAAAUAAAAAUGAAGAUGUCUCAUUUUUAGUCAGUGAAAUAUCCAAGAUCAAGGUGACUCUGGAGAAGAAGCUGAGGAACCUGCGUGGCGAAGCUGUCAAAGAGAGGGAUGAAGACAUGAAGAGACUUGAGGAGAUACGAGCCAAUCUGGAGAAGAACCAUGAGAAGAAAAUCAAGGAAAUAGAUGGCGAAGUCUUCACUGAGCUCGCUAGAAGUCGGGAUAGUAUUCGCAAGCAAGCUGAGAAAGCUGAGGCUAAAGCCAUGGCUAAGAGCUUACAACACAACCAGCAGAAAUGCACAAUAUCUUAAGAGUUGUCUGGUAGAAUUC